UUUGGCUCAUGUCGCGACAAGGAGCGCUCCUGCCGCUGUACAAGCGGCUGGUCGGCGCCAAGCAGCUCCGCCCCGACGCCGCCCAAGAGGCCGUCGUGGGCCAUCUCCAGAAGCUGCAGAAGCGCCUGACGUCGUACGAGCUGCCGUCGUCGGAACAUGGCGCGAUGCAGGUGCCGCGCGGCUUGUACCUCGUGGGCAAAGUGGGCACGGGCAAGUCGAUGCUCAUGGACCUCUUCUACGAGAGCCUCGCGACCAAGAAGCGGCGCGUGCACUUUAACGCGUUCUUGCUCGAAGUGCACCGACGUAUCCAUGCGCGCAAGCAGGAGCACUUGGCGACCUUUGGCCGGUCCGCGCACAUUGAGCUCGAGCCCGAGCGCGAUAUCAUCACGCUCAUUGCGAAAGAAGUCGCUCAAGAAAGCCCGAUUUUGUGCUUUGACGAAUUUCAGGUCAUUGACAUCGCCGACGCCAUGAUCAUGCGCAAAUUCUUUGGCACGCUCUUCAACCAAGGCACGGUCAUGAUCGCCACGUCCAACACGCACCCCAAGGAUCUCUACCCGGAUGGCGUCAACCGAGAGUACUUUCUUCCGUUUCUCGACUUGCUCCAGCAGCACACGCGCGUACUGUCGAUCGACUCGAGUACCGACCAUCGACGCAUUGAAAAGCCGGUCGGCGAAACAUAUCUGUGCCCGUGGAGCGAGUCGGCAGAUGCGUCCUUGAAGGCAGCCGCCGAGGCCUUGCUCCCGAAAGGCGCGCUGUUGUCGCUGCAGACGACGCCCGUCAUGAUGGGCCGGUCGCUCACGGUGCUGGGGUACCGUGACGUGGUGUGCGUCGCGAGCUUUCAAGAGCUCUGCAACACGGACAAGGGCGCGGCCGACUACAAGGCGCUCGCAGAGGCGUACGGCACCGUGGUCUUGCUCAACGUACCGCAGCUGACGAUUCAAAUGCACAACCAGGCCCGACGCUUUAUUACGCUGCUCGACGAGCUGUACGAGCACCGUGUGCGCCUUCUCUGCUCGGCCCACGUCAAGCCCGACGACCUCUUUGCGUUUAGCGGGGCGCCCAAGCCGCAGCGCCUCUCGCCGGAAGAGGUUGAUGCGCUGCGCAAGGCCAACAAGGCCGCCGGCGUUCCUGCCUUUAGCUCUUGGGACGGCCCGUCGGGCGCAUUCGAGAACGACCCGUCGAACGAAAACCCCGUCAAGAACAUGAGCUCGAUGACCGACCUCCUGUAUGCAUGCAACCGCGCAGUCUCGCGCCUCCAUGAGAUGCGCACUGCGACGUACCAGACGCGCGCCCAGCGCUAGCUCGUAUUCCGUGUAUAUACACAGUGUCCUUUUUUGGAGGACAUACCAUA